AUGAACGCAAGCACCACACCAAUCAAUACAAGUAUAUCUUUAACUCCAACCAAAUACCAUCGGAUCGUUAACUCCGACCAAAGUUUGAACCUCUUGGAAAACCCUCGAUUUUUCGGCGAAGAAGACAAUGCGAGAUCUAUUGCUUCGUUAGCACUUAAAACAAGAUCUUCAACUCUGAUAAAGUUUGUGGCGGUUGGAGAUGCAAUUGGAAAAGAAGGCAUUGGUGGUAUAAGAUCCUUGCCAGAUAGAGGUAGAGACGGAGGAUGGAAGGAAGAGGAAGGCGGUAGAUGGAGUAGAUCAUCGAUCCUUAGUCUGUGCGUCGAAUUUGAUCCUCAAUGUGGCGGUAUCCUUGGUGGAAAGAUUGCAUGGAGAGAUAUUCAUCGGAAGGAGGCGGAUGAUGCAGUCGUGAAGAACCUGAGAGAUGGGAGAGAGAGUGAGAAACUCGUGUUUGUGUGUGUGGGUUUUUUCUUAAUUUGUUAA